AUGCAAACCUCGUCCAUCUGCAAGAGUGCAGUGCAUGACUUGCGCAUUUCAUCCUGGAAUGCCAGUGCAAGGACAGUCACCUUCGUGGCCUCUCGAAGGGAUGACAGACGCAGUGACUUCACGGGAUCUGUCCGUUUCAACAUCCCUUCAAGAGACGGUUUUCGACUCUCUAGAUAUUUCAAUUUCACCUCACCUAGGAUCACCGAGGAAGUGCUGGAUGUCACCAUGCUCCAUCGUAACUUUAUCUAUUCCCUGAAAGAGACUACUUCGCAAGAAUGCCACGUGCCUCCUGAAUAUACGGCACACUUUGAUUACGCGCUUAAAGAACUAGACCUCAAGGGUGCUGUCGACCUCUCACCUUGGCCCAACAACGGAUACUACAGCAUCACGUGGCCGAAGACAAUUUACCGCCAUAUUCGUACUAACAUGUUCUGGUGCAGAAUCCAGGGUAGAAUGACAUCGGACAUUGCAUCUCCCGCUAUGUUCUUCGGUGACGUCGAACCUGCCGUUCCAUUUCUUCCAAAACACUACACGACCACCGUAAGCCUGGAUGAACAACUGGGCAUAGAAGUGGUUCCACGGAGACCAGGCGAGGUGACAUCGUGGGUCAAGGUGGAUGGGAGUGGCAGUGGCAGUCGGCCUAUUCUGGGCCACAUUCCUAAGGGAACGUAUAAUCUACACCGCAACAGAGCAUUGCUGCAUCAUGGCGGAGUAUACGUCGUCAACGGGCCAUACACAAGAUCUCCCGGAUCGAACCGUGCUCUGAUGCGAGUUAUCGUGCGAAUGUGCCACGCUAAGAGAUACGGACCCUUGUGCGAGCAUGCGUGUCCAGACUGCAGGAACGGUGGCGUUUGCCACGACAUCACCGGUCGAUGUAUCUGUCCACCAGGGUUUAAAGGAGAAUUCUGCGAAGAACGUGAGUUCCUUUAUGAUUUUGCUUGCAUGAGGAAGCUUCUUCGGCAAAUUCGAUUACACUGUUAUUGUCUUUUUGUUUUAACUUCCCCUGACGCAUGUAUACGCGGGUUUUGCUAA